CUGAAUCUGACGGCUAGGCUGAUCGAGUUUUUUUCCGACGACACGCUCGUAUUUAUACCCAUCCAGUGCCUUCGCUAGGAAGCCUCAGUCUCGGAGACGUCAUCGCCGUAUCAACAAGUCUUUGGAGAAACUCGAAAAUGACUAAAGGCGUGGCAGUCGUGACAGGGUCUUCCCAGGGGCUCGGCCGUGCUAUCGCCAGCCGCCUUUCCCGCGACGGGUUCGCCGUGGUGAUCAACGACAUCGCCAGCAAACAGGCCCAGAUCGACGCAGUGGUGAAAGAGAUCGAGGCGUCCGGGGGCAAGGCGAUCGGCAUCGCCGCCGACGUGACGAAACGGGCCGAGGUCCAGGACCUCGUCGACAAGGCAACCGAAAAGCUGGGACACUUGCAGGUCAUGGUCGCCAACGCCGGCCUCGCGCACGCAGACGGCAUUUUCGAGCUGACCGAGGAGCAUGUCCAGCGCAUCCUCAACGUCAACAUUGCCGGAGUCUUCAACUGCUUCGUGGUCGCCGGGAAGAAGAUGGUGGACCAGCGCAAAGGCGGUAAAAUCAUGGCGGCGUCGAGUAUCGCGGCGUUCAAGGGCAUGGCGCUGGUCUCGGCGUACACUGCUUCGAAGUGGGCCGUCAGAGGUCUGACGCAGACUUUUGCCGUCGAGUUAGGUGCCCUCUCCAAGGACCACGAGAAAACUAUCAACGUCAAUUGCUAUGCCCCAGGAAUUGUCGGGACGCCGAUGUGGUCGGUCAUGGAAGACAAGUUGCAAGACAUGAACGCGCCGAAGAAGGACGACCAGAAGUAUAUCGACGCGUUCGCAUUGUCGAUGACUACGCUAGGGAGAGUCUCCGUGCCAGAGGACGUGGCCAACGCGGUGAGCUUCCUAGCCGGGCCUGACUCGGACUGGGUCACCGGACAGAGCUUGGUCGUGGAUGGCGGAAUUGCUUUCAACUGA